CGACCAUCUCCGCGGCCUGGGCCCGCCCCCUCCGCCUGGCGCCAGGCCGCGGAGCACCGAUCGGCUCGAUGAGCGGGGGCGCUGCUGCGGCGGAGCGGCAGACGCCGGGUCCGCGCCCACUCUCCCCCUCCCCGCUUUCUUCCUGCGCUUCCCACUCCUUCCCCCGCCCUCCCAGCGCUGCCCGCCCCGGAGAGCGGCCCGGAGCUCCCCCGGAGACUCAGGUGGUGAAUACUUAUUCUGCUGGGAAAGAGAAGAGUACUUCUUGAGUAAAAAGUAUGCCUCCCAAGUUUAAGCGCCACCUAAAUGAUGAUGAUGUCACUGGUUCUGUGAAAAGUGAAAGGAGAAAUCUUUUGGACGAUGAUUCAGACGAAGAAGAAGACUUUUUUCUAAGGGGACCAUCUGGACCAAGAUUUGGACCUAGAAAUGAUAAAAUUAAGCAUGUUCAGAAUCAGGUGGAUGAAGUUAUUGAUGUCAUGCAAGAAAAUAUUACAAAGGUAAUUGAAAGAGGGGAGAGACUAGAUGAACUACAGGACAAAUCAGAAAGCUUAUCGGAUAAUGCAACUGCUUUUAGCAACAGAUCCAAACAACUUCGAAGGCAAAUGUGGUGGCGUGGAUGCAAAAUAAAAGCCAUCAUGGCUUUGGUUGCUGUUAUCCUUUUGCUAGUGAUUAUCAUUCUUACAGUCUUGAAAUAUCGUGCUUGAUUUGGUGACAGAGAUCUUCAUUACACAAAAUUUGGGACAACAAUAAUAAAAGAUUGCUGCGUAAUUUAAAUGAAACUUAUGUAUAUAACUUUCAAAACUUCUUUUUCAAGAAACUAAGAGGCAAGUAUCACUUCAAAUUGGAGCAUUGAGAAUGUCCAGUUAUCUUCUUCCCUUCUAAAAAAAUGUGUUUUUAAAAAUUAUGUUUAAGGCAGAGAUAACCAGCCUCUAUUUUGCCAUAUUCCAAGGAUCUAAUUUGAAACUAGAUACUUGCCAGUUCCUUGUUUGUACAUGUAAUUAAACAGUGAUCACAAUAUUUCAUACUGUUAAUAUAAGGACUUGUAUUAUUGCAUCGACAUGGGGGUCAAACUGGGAGUCCAGAAGCCUAUGUAGAGUACCAAAACAUUAUGCUAAAAACAUGCAUAGCCAUUCCAUCAAUAUUUGCAAGAUUCUUCUAACAUUACAACUGCUUUGCAAGCAAUUUCCACAUGUUUAUGGGUGUAACAAAAGCUAAAUGUAAAUUUUGCUGCCUUCAGCUUUAACUAAAACAUUCCAGUAAACCUAUUUUUGACUGUAAAAGGGAAUGUGUAGUAAUUUUUUGGCAUAUGGAUUAUUUAAAUGGAAAAUUUAAACAAUACAAAAGGCAUAGUAUGGCACCAUAAAACUGGAGAUAAUAAAAUUAUUGGAGAACAUCAUUGGAGUGUUUGAAAAUGAACAGCAUGGUCCAGUCUGUUUCCAGUUAGCCUCCAAUAAGGAGGGUCCAGACCUAAUGUGAGUAAAUGAAAUCCACAGGUAACUUAUUCUCUGAUCUUAUUUUCAUUGAUAGCUUCCCUCUUUAACUUCAACUAGUCCCUCUACCAGAUGUGCUCAAAGUAGCAAAAUCAUCUGCUUAGCAUUUGCUACUUUUUCAUUCCCUGAUUAUCCCCCGAGAGAUGCAUGUUGUACAAUCAAGUGUCGAAUUAGCCAACAAUGAUGAGUAUAGAAAGUCGAGAUAGUCAUGCAUCAUUCAGUAACCAAAUAGCUAGAGUCACCAUUAAUCUAAGUCUGUUUUUACAGUAAUAAAAUGUAUUGUUAACGUUAAAAUGUGCCAACCUCCUUGUGUUGUCUAAACAAGACAAAGUGAAAAGACAAAGUCCUCAAAUGUGUUCGAGGAGGAAGCUUUAUAAUAAAAUUGGAGGUUCUGCAGAAACUUGUGCACAUGGAUAUGUUGACUGUAUAUACAUAUAAAACUAAAUUUGAAAUAUGGUUAAUAGAAGAACCAGUAUUUAGUUAGGAAAGAAAAAUGAUCCUGUAUAGGUUUUAUUUCUUUGGUCAUUUUAAUUCAGAAUGUCUGAAACAUAGAAUCUGUUUUUUGUUUUUUUUUUUAAUUCUACAGGAUUGGUAUUAAAAGGCAAAAAUGUUCUGUUUAAAUGGAAAGAAAUAUGAAGGGAGAGAGCACAUUAGGAGAUAACUCAAGACACCUGCAAGUUAACACUAAAUUUUAUAGUCUGAUAACAUUUCAAAAAAGAUAAAGGUCUUACAUACUAUGGGGUAUUGUCACUGGUCUCUCUACUCUUCGUAAAUGUCAAUGUAAAUAACAUAAUAAAUACUCAAUCCUUUGACAAAAUAGGAUGCCCAGGAAAAUGAGCAUUUUUAGAAUCUGAGUAGCUAAUACAGUUCAGGAAUGGAAACGUUUUAAUGGGAUGGACAGAAUUAAUCCUAACAUACAUAUGUAUGUCUUUUAUUUGGGAUUGGCACUAGAUUCAUCAGUGGUUAUUUUUCUGUUGGUUGAGGGAGAAAUCUCGUUUCUCCAUGAUUGCAGUGAAGAUGAAGAUUAUUUCUCAAAAAGAAUUCACGUUUCCAGUGUUUCUUUUAAUAAAGUAUUCCACUCUUAAAUAUAAAAAAUAAAAUUAUAAAAUUGUUUUUUUAACUUUAACCAUAAAAAAAUGAAGUAUUUAUAUGACAAUGUCGUAUAUAUGUCAUUCUCUUUGUAUUUAAAUAUAUGUGGCUGUCGGAAAUACUGGUGGCAGGCAUGUCUGUGUUCUAGUGGUGGCUUGGUUCAGUUUAUCCUUUUGUCUUUCUUGGUCUUCAUUAAUCCUGAGACCCUUAAAAUGGCUGGCAUGUUAAUGACUUUACUCUGGUAAUCUUAAAGAUACGAGCCUUCUUACAGUCAAAAACAAAAGAAAAAUACGUUGUUCAAAUUGAUGUCAGGCCUACCUUCCUUCCUUCCCUUAAUCAUUCUUUUUCUCAUUCAGCUCAGAUCAUCCUGCACUUGAAAAAUGAAGUUUUACCACUAUCAAAACUAUCAUUAUUUAACAGCAACGAAGAUCAACAGAAAAAUUCAAGUAGCUUUGUAAAUACUAGUUGGUACCCAGUGAAAUCAGGUCACUAUUUUUAUAAUCCCUGAAACAUACCCUUAUGAUUUAUGUUUAAUUACUGAAGCCUAUUGCCCUGUAGCAAUUUUGUGAUUAUAACACUGACUGAUUAACUCCUUCUGACUAUAACCCAGUAUCACCAGUUGAGUGGUCUUUUGGCUUCUCCAUCCUGACAAAGCUCACUGAAAAUUGCACUCCGAUUUUAUGAACUUAGGGGUUUCUUGAUUCAAAGAAAGCUCAAUAUUGAAAAUGGAACAUUAUCUAAAAUGGAGGAGGGAUAAUUAGUACACGUCAGAUAGAGAAAUACAUGGUAUUUGCGCUCCUGCAGAUCACUUACCAUACAAUCGCUCUGCACUAGAAGAUAACUUCAGCAUUUCUACAGCAAAAUUUGAUAUCGUUCAAUUCUGUGUAGGAAGAAUAAAAAAUUGAAAUUUCUCAUUCUCAGUACAGUCUUCAACAUGCUUGCUGCCCUCUCAGCUUUGUCACCCACACUUACUCUAUCUACACCUGUAUGUCUAGACACUGAUUUCUAGAAAACAUGCAAGAAAUUGUUUUUUCGUGUUGGGAAGGGAUGCCAUUAGAAGAGGUCCUUAAUUGUAUCGAGUCAGAGUAUUACGAAGUCAAGGAUAGCUAACUUCUCUUUCAUUAGUCUAAUUUUGUGUUUUCACAAUGGAAAUGUGAUGGAAGUCAAUUUUAUUUUUCUGUGAGUGUGGAGUAAGGGCAUGAAUCAGUCCAAGAGCAUUUACACAUUUGUUUUAGAAUGCAUUGUAGUGCUUAUAUUUGUGCAGGCACUGAGUCCUAAGGAGCUGAAAGAUGCCCUACUUCUCAAUCUAUCCACUGCUUUUAACAUGUAGACAAACAGAACCAUACAUCAGACGGAUGUGGGGCUCCGGCUGUCUUUGUAAGUUUGAUUUGGUCUUCCUCUGACUUUUUCUGAAAAUCGAAUAGAGUAAGGGAUGGGGACACAAACUCUUUGAAUCUGUCUCCUGUUUUAUUAUAAGAAACUGCUUGGGGGGCAGGGGGAACAAAAGAAACUGCUUGGAACAGGUCAGUAGGAAUUGAAAGGAACACAUGACCGACCCAAUUAGAGUGGGUAAGUGUAAGCUUGUGAAAGCACAGGUAAUACCAUAUUUGUGUGUCUCCACAGCACCCAGCACAAUGCUGUGGACCUGGCAGUUUCUAGAUCAGUGUGCCUAGGAAACCACAAAGACAAGAGUCCGCUUCCAUAGUCCUCACCACAGAGAGGACAUGAUCACAUAAUAUGGCCUUUGGACUUUACCAGGAGAUAGUAGUGCUCUUUGAACAAUAAUUGGGUAUAGAAAAAUUCUGAUUUUAUAGUAUUCCAUCAGGUUCUUUUCAUUUGAGGAAGUCUUAAAUAAUGAUUUGAUUUGCAAGGCUACAAAGUCAAUUGCAUAUCUCGAGAUUUUAGUAAAAUGUUAAAAAUCAAAGUAUAAGAAAAUUCGAUCACUUGACUUAUGCUUUGGAUAUGUGUCGUUUGAAAUUCCACGCUCUUCUAUUUAACCAUUUUGAAAAGUGCCUUUGCUGUUUUAAGAUGUAUGGUGGAGAUGAGCAAAUGUAAAGGUUGUGUGCCCUGUUCUUUAGCUUCUCCGUUCCUUAUAACCAUAACCAUUCUUACCGGUGUUGCAAAGUUUAGAACCUUGUGUUCCUGUCAGCUAUGUAUUUGUUAGCCCCUCCAUAAUAAAGAGUAAAAUAAACUAUUUCAUAGAAAACAAAA